CGGGAUCUCAGCCGUUCCCCGAGCUCCUACUGCAUGCGAUGUGCGAGAGCUGCGCUCGCCUAUGCCAGCGCUCCAGGAGGUGAAACACAGGAAUGAAAACCUGACCCUACAAACCGGGCAAGUUUCCCUUCAAGCAUGGGGCUGGGCAGCCUUUGGCCGGGUUCUCCUCCUCCUUGGAGACCCUCGGGCACCCCAGGCAGCGCCUGCUCCUCUGCACGGCUCGGCAGACCCACAGUGCCGGUCAGCGAAGGCUGCCCCGUGCCCAGCGUCGCUGCGCCGGGGUCACCUCAUCCCUGUGUCCACCCUCACCCCAGCUUUGCUGCCUCCUCUUGCCGGGUUAUGCCGGCGUGUGCAAACAAAGCCAGCAUCCUCCACUGGACCAAGGGUGAUGACCGCAGCGGGUGAGAGGGAGAAGUUCAGGGCUUGGUCUUCCCAACCAUGCCCAGAGAGUUCAGCCAAAUCCGACACGGCAGCGGGAUCCACCCUGCCAGAACAAACAACCAAAGGCACAGCUCCAGGCACAUGGAUCUGUGUGGGGCGAGGCUGGGAACUGCAAUCAAGAGAUGCAGAACUUCCUCCAGGUGCUGCUGCAAUCCCGCCUCUUCUCCAGCAUUAUCCAGAGCAAUCCCGGUACUGGUGUUCCCACCAGCGUUGCCCAGUCCACGCCAGCUCCAUAUAAACAGCACCCACGGGAGCGAGGGAUGUGGGGCGGCUGUGGCUGAGCUGGAGCCGGUGGCGACGAUGUGGCUGUACGCGGUGGCGGUGCUGGCGGGGCUGCUUCUGCUCUGGCGCUGGCACCGGGAGCGGCAGACGGUGCCCGCGCUCUCGGAGAAGUUUGUGCUGAUCACGGGCUGCGACAGCGGCUUCGGGAACCGGCUGGCACGGCAGCUGGACGCACGGGGGCUGCGGGUGCUGGCCGCCUGCCUGACCGAGCACGGGGCCGAGCAGCUGCGGGCAGGCGCCUCGUCACGCCUGCAGACUGUGCUGCUGGACGUCACCUCCAGCCAGAGCAUCGCCAACGCCGCCUCCUGGGUCCGGGAGCAUGUGGGCAACCAAGGGCUCUGGGGGCUGGUGAACAACGCGGGAAUCGCCAUCCCCAUCGCCCCAAACGAGUGGCUGACCAAGGACGACUUCACUAAGGUGCUGGAUGUCAACCUGCUUGGCCUCAUCGAGGUGACGCUGAGCCUCCUGCCGCUGCUCCGGCGGGCGCGGGGCCGGGUGGUCAACGUGGCCAGUGUCGCGGGCCGAAUCUCCUUCUUUGGCGGGGGGUACUGCAUCUCCAAGUUUGGCGUGGAAGCCUUCUCUGACAUCCUCAGGCGCGAGAUGCGCCCCUUUGGGGUGCAGGUCUCCAUCAUCGAACCCGGCACCUUCUGCACGGCGAUGACCGAUCCUGCGACGGUGAGGAAUACCUUGAAGCACCUCUGGGAGCAGCUCCCGGCGGAGACCCAGGCAGCCUAUGGUCACGGCUACCUGGAGGCCUACACCCAGCGCAGCACCCUGCUGCAGCACCUGAGCAGUGCCCGCCUGUCCCCCGUCACCGCUGCCAUGGCACAUGCGCUGCUCGCCCGCUGUCCCCGCAGCCGUUAUGCAGCCGGCUGGGACGCCCAGCUCCUCUUCCUCCCGCUCAGCUACUGCCCGUCCUGGCUCUCCGAUGCCGUCUUCAGCCUCAUCUUAGCAAACCAGUCCGAUGUCCCCAGCAGCCCCCACGCUGCACGUUUCAGGCUUGCGUGUCCCCAGGAGCUUCAGAUGCUGAGCUGCCGGGAGGUGACACCGCAGCCUCGUCUGCUCCUGCUCAGAGACCGUGUGUGCCCGCAUCCUUCCAGCAGCGUCCGGGCCAGGGCUGCCCAGGGAAGGAAGGGGAGAGAAUGACAGAUUCCUCAGCUUCCCCAGCUCACUCAGGAUCGGUGCUGACCUCUUUGGUGAAGUUGGGCUGACGGCAGCCAAGACAGACCUGGUGCCUGGAUUUUGCCCCGGAGCAAAGUGCUGGCGGGUGGAGCAGGAACCAGCCAAACCCAUGGGGCACCAUUCUCGGCCUCUCCUCUUUGCCUUCCUGCACAUCAUUCAUCUGACAUUGGUCCACUGGGCUCUGAAGGACCUGCCUGGGUCAAAGUGGCUUCUUUCUGGGGAGGAAAUGGCAUUUUUCUAUUUAUCUCCAUAGAAAGGGUGAACCGGACUUUUAGGAAGGGCAGAGGGUCCUGGGCACGCACUUGGGUGCCAGCAGCCUUGGAUUGCCCUGAGAAUCACGGCAGGGAUGGGGAGAAGGGGCUGAGCCACCUGCCCUUCUCCUCACGGCUCGGGAAUCCAACCGGCUCCCAGACCUCACCUUCCUGCUGGGAUCAGCAGCCCCCCCGCAAACCCCAAGAGCAAAGGCUUGCCGUGCCCAGGUCGCUCUUGAUCCGAGUUUGGUGUGGAAAUUUCCUGACUAGUUAAAUGGAAGCAGAGCAGCAUCCCUGCCUCCUGGGGGGGGGCAAAGCCCCCACAGCCAUCAGCUGGCAGCUCAGCCCUUCGCGAUCCCCCGUGACUGAGCCAAAACGCGUCCCAUCAUGUACGGGGUGAGCACAAAGCUGUUGGGUUCCUGUUUGCAGCCCUCACUGGGCUGGGUACCUGCACGCGGGGUCAGUGGCGCAGUGCUUGUUGUUGUGAGAGUCGACUUAUCAGUGCCCUCGUGCUUCCCCACUCCGGCCAUGCCUUCCUUCCGAGCCGAUUGUUGAUCACAAAGUCUUGUCUGCACUCGAAAGGGAGAUUUCCUGCCAUUGUUUUGCAGGACUUGCAACUCGAUGCAAAAUUCUCUGCCUAUCAGCCCCCUCCCCAGUCCCGGGGCAAGGCUUGAGCCCCCUCCCUUCCCCUGCAAAACUGCCAGGCAAUCACAGCUCAGUGAUUAAUUGCCACCAAGCCAGAGGUGCUUUUGUGGCGAUAGCCAUGUGCCAUCAUCUCCUGCAGCAGCUCAGAGACAGCAACACUAUCCUGGCAGAUCCGUGCAGCUUUCACCCCUUUCCCCCCAAACCUUGAGCUCACCCCAGCAUUGCAGGAGCAGUUGGCACUUUUGCAUUAGCUCACCUUAACCCCUUAGGACUCCCAAAGCCAGCAGAGGACCUGGCUCAUGGGUCAUCCAUGCCUCAGGAUGCAUUUU